CUUGUGGCAGCUUCCCGUCAUUGUUCUGUUGAAACUGAAGUACCAUGUCUUUGUCCUUGUCUGAUAGUAGCAGACAGAAGAAGAAGGAUACUAGUAUAGCCAUGAGACACUGGAGGUUCAAGACAGCGCUGAUAACACCAGCAGCAGCAGUUGUGUUGAUGUUGGGACAAUCGGGGAAUGCUUUUUUGCCACUCCAAACGAAUACCUUCCGAACGAAUAGUCAAAGGAUACGGAAGCCAAUAAUAGUAUCAGGUAUCUCUACAACGACAGAUGCGAACGGCGAUAACAACAACAACAAUGGUGCUGAUCUCAUUUACAAUCCCUCCUUGGACGACGAGCAUGUCUAUGUGACUCCCACGACAGCACUGUAUACCGGCGAUCCCAAUGACCAUCGGUACAGUGCUUCCGACUGGUUGGCCAAUGUCAAGAGUCUGCCUCGAUCCACCAUUCUACGAGCCAUUCAAGGACCCGUUAUUUCCGUCAUGGUAUGGUCCUGCGUCGUUUCAGGCGUACACAGACUCCUCAAACUGUUGCACUUGAAAGCAGUCGAUGCCAUGUGCAUUUCCAGCAAACCACAUUCCUUUCUCGUCAGUGCCCUGGGGCUGUUGCUCGUCUUUCGCACCAACUCGGCCUAUCAACGAUUCGCUGAAGGACGCAAAAUUUGGGAACAAAUUCUUUCCAUUUCACGCAAUAUCAGUCGACUGGCGUGUUUGUACGAAGACGAUUUGGGCCACGAACGCAAACAUCGCAUCUUUCGAUUGCUCGGAGCAUUCCCCUAUCUCCUGCAUCAUCACAUUCAACCACAAUGUUUGACUCCAAAAGACUACAAUCAACUCAAGGGAACCAAAUAUGCCUUGAAAUUGCAAGACUGUGCCGAUCUGUGUUACGAGCAAGACAAGAAUAACAGUGACAAUGGCAAUAUACUCGCUUACAUGGCACAAACCAUGCGACGGGUGCGUGGCGGCAAAAAUAAACAACAACAACAGCAACAAGACGAAGAUGUCUAUUGCGGAUUGGUCGAUCGAGACGAAUGCGAAACGUGUCUCGUCGAUCGACGGGCAUUGCCGUGGUGUUUGUUGCCACCAGCGGCAUUGACCAAAUGCGUCGAUUCCGACAAUCGACCGCUCUGGAUCUGCGAUCGAUUGGCACAAGAAUUGACCAAUGUCGGAUAUUCCGAUAAUUUCACAUCCAGGGAACGAUUGGCAUUCUUGUCGCAAAUUGAUAAACUGUCCAAGAGUAUUGGAGAAUGCGAGAGAAUUUCGCAAACCGCAGUCCCAUUGAAUUAUGCUCGGCAUUCCCUGCGGAGUUUAACCAUUUGGCUGUUCAGUUUGCCAUUUGCAUUGGUAAACGAAUUCGGUAUGCUCACCGCGCCGGUCAUGGGAGUCAUCUCGUGGACGCUCUUUGGGGUCUAUCAAAUUGGAUCCACCAUUGAAGACCCAUUCCAGGGGUCCUUGAGACUCAGUAUUCUAUGUGAUGCAAUCUACAGAGAUGUCAUGUACGAUGCGGACUUGAGGAAUAGAAGAGAUUCCGCAUUUCACUUGGAGCCAGAACUCAUCGAAUGGGAUCAAAUGGGACCCAUCGACGGACAAGGAGAAGCAGACUCAAACCCAUUCCUGUCUCUACCACCCAAUGGGGAGAACGCAUCUGCAAUGCCACAACAAUCCACUGCUCCGUCUCUUUCCAAAACGGAGGUGGAAGAACGGAAAACAACAGACAAGGAAUCUAGGAAACAGCCACCACCAUCUCAAGAUAGCGAUCCGAUGCAGCCUCGGCCGUAGUGGCAUGGCAAACUACUGUCUGUCAUAACAUUUAUGCACUCUCACGGCACCGAGUCAAAGUAAACGUGCACAUGUAUAUUCAUAGCUAUGUCAUACUUCAGGCAGCAAUCUUUGUAAAAUAGCAAGCAGAACGAAAAACUUCUCCAUACAUAGCAGAUAGCUAAAAGUAAGCACAUCAUUGGUGGAACAGGAAAAGCCAAAUCCAUGAAAGAGAAACAUUAGAAGUACCAUAAUGAGAAGGACCAAUGGAGCAGCUCUCUUGAG